GGCCGCUUCCGCCGCGGCGAGGAGGAGCUCGGCCUCGGCGCGCCAGCUCGGCGCCAGUCUCUGGGAGAUCCACGACGUGGCGCGGGAGGUACGCCGGAGCAGGCGACGGGGUGGGAGGGCCAUCGCCGCCGGUCGGGAGCACGGCGGCGGCGGAGAACUGGACCAGCCACAGAGUUCAGGUGGCAUUCGUAGGCAUGUUGCAGACUCGUCGAUGAAACAUCAUAAGUUCGAUCAAGAAAGAAGCCAUAGAAUACAACCUUUUUCUCCUGCAAGUUAUACAAGCUCAGUUGGGGAUUCCAAUGUGAAUCUAACUAGAAGUCCGACUCGUUCUUUGGGCAUCAUGGGUAGAUCUAUGGGGGAAGGCUAUAGCCUUAAAACAUCAACAGAACUAUUGAAGGUUCUAAAUCGAAUUUGGAGUCUUGAAGAACAGCACACUGCUAACUUGUCAGUGGUUAAUGGAUUGAAACUGGAGUUACAGCAGGCUCAGACACAUAUUCAAGAACUCCUGCAAGAGAGACGGCAGUACAGACACGAAGUUUCAUCACUGAUGCGACAACUCUCUGAAAACAAACUUGUUAGAAAAAACAAGGAUCACAUGAAGGUUGACACAGCUGUGCGUUCCCUGCAAGGUGAACUAGAGGAUGAGAAGCGUCUGAGGAGGCAUUCUGAGGACCUACUCAGGAAGUUGGGCAUGGAGUUGUCUGAAAUAAAGUCAGCGUUUCUCAAGUCAGUCAAGGACCUUGAGAAGGAGAAGAAAGGAAAUCGCCUCUUAGAAGAUCUUUGUGACCAGUUUGCAAUGGGCAUCAGGAAUUACGAAGAGGAACUCAGAGUGGUAAAGCAAAGAAAUGUCAAGAAUUAUGAGCUCAAAUUUGAUAAUUCGGUGCUCCAUAUGUCAGAACUAUGGCUUGAUGAACGAAUGCAAAUGCAAAAUACAGAUGUCAAUGGGGAAUUGGCUCAUAAAACCACAAUAACAGAAAGGCUCAGCGGUGAAAUACAGGCCUUUCUUCUUUCUAAAAAAGCAGGUAGCUCUAUGAAUAAUGAAAAACAUAUGAAUGAUAAUACUAGAUUACGACGUCAAUCACUUGAGUCUGUCCAUUUGAAUGGAGCCACCAGUGCUCCCCAGUUUGCUGAAGAUGAUGACGACUCUAUUGCUAGUGAUUUGAAUUGCUUUGAACUGAAUAUGCACGGGCAUAUGGGAUCCCGCAGAAGUGGCACAGGAGCCAUGAAUGUGCAUAAAAGAAGAUCAGAGCAUCCUCAUGUUAUAUCUGCUGAAGGUUUAUGCAUGUCCAGUGUGCCAGUUUAUUUACAGAAAGGCAUUGCAAGGCCCAGUAGCAGCAAAUUGCAGCCUGCCAGUAAAAUACCAGAAAUCAGCUCACAAAGCAAUGCCAGAAUCACUCCAGCAGAAGAGCAGAAUGGAAGCACAGGCACCCAAAUUAUUCAAGGGUCCAACAAUGGGUCAACGAUGAACAACCCAGAUGCACAUCAUGUUGAUUACCUGGGGCAGGAAUCCUUUGAUCAUUUCUCCCGAACAAGUCUCUUUUGUGAAGGCACUACUUCGGGGGAUCUGGGUAAUGUCGGGAGCCCCACGCGGCAACUGAAAUACCAAUCCACAUCUUUGGACCCCGAGAUAACGGAAUGCUCACCUGAACAGCCAGUAGGUGUGAUGGAGAACACCCUGAAGGCAAAAUUACUUCAAGCAAGGCUAGAGGGGCGACAUGCCCGAUUAAAGGCAUCAGGUGGCUCCUCAACUAGUAGGAGAAAGUGAGAGUGCUGCAGAUUCCGGGGUUUGACUGUUUGAAGCCCACACGAAGAAAUCAAAGGUGUAAUAUAGCUGACUUAUCUAUGGAACUUCCUUUGGCCGUAUCAAUUGGUUCAGUAUCUGUGUACAUGGACUUUGUGCCAUCUGAAUACAUGAAUCCUAUUUUCAUA